GUGUGACCGCCCACAAGUAACAAGCUUUGGUUCUCACUGUCCCCCGUCGCUCCAAGAUAGGCCCAUUCAUUGAAGAGGAAAUACCAGCACACGUAAUGACGCACGUGGGCAAAGAGAAACGAAAGUGAGAAUCGGCAGCAGCUGGUUCAUACUCUCUCGCACCUGAUUGGGUAAACAGGGCAAGCCGAACAGGCUGGGUGAGGUUGCCUGAUGAGAAAGGAACACUCUUGACAGAGCAAGGGUCAAUAGGUGCCGGUCUUCUGACGCACUGGAAAGCUGACAUUCUUCACCGGAAUGGAGAAACCAGGGUAGGUCCGAAUGUGUGCGCGUUGCUUGCAAAAUUUGGGGAAGGCUGCAUUACAUCCAACAAUUGUACUGUAAUAUUGAGGCAAGUGAAUGAAUGACAUCUCAUUUUCCCUUUGCCUCAGUGAGCUUUUGAGCAGGGAUUACUUUCUCUUCCAAUACGAAAAUGCACUUUUUGGAGCACGUGGGAGAGCCUAUCUGUGCUUUACAGCACAAAGCGAUCAAAAUGGGGCUACUUCUGUCUCCGGAUAUUUCUGCAGUACCUCUGGUGAAGCGCACGCAGAGAUGCGUUUUCUGGAUUACUUGAAAACGUCGCAUCGAGGACACAACAACAGGGUCACAUGUUACUUGUCCUGGUCCCCCUGCGCAAACUGCUCCCAGGCAUUAGUCCAAUUCCUCCAAAACAACGCAAACAUAAAGCUCAGGAUCUUCGUGUCACGCCUCUACCGCACGGACAUCAAGGAAAAUCGCAAGGGCCUGCAAUUGCUGAGUGACGCCGGAGUGCCCCUCCGAGUCAUGAAUAACAAAGACUUUGAAUACUGCUGGAAAACCUUUGUUGAUCAUCAACAGAGCGCCUUCCCACCUUGGGACCACAUUCUCGGAAACCAGGAGCAUUAUCAAGAAGAACUCUCGGAUAUUCUCCAGCAGAACGACGUUGGCGCAUGGGACGGCGGGGUAUGCGUGCUUAUCGUCGGGACUUCGAUGGUCCGGCAUGUGAAGAUUAGCAGAUGCAGCAUUUCUUGUCACCCAGGUGCACACGUUCAGGAUGUCAAUGACGUCAUCCCCCGUCUGCUGGCUCAGCAGCCGUCGGUCUCUGCCGUGGUUGCUCACGUUGGAACGUGGGACCACAACCUGCAACAGUCAGAGAAACUUAAGAAUGACUACAUCUCCCUCAUACGCACCAUCCAGGACACAAAGAAGCGUGUCAUCGUCUCAGGUCCCUUUGUUCCACCCUGCUUUGGUGAGGUCAAGUUUAGCCGUAUCAGACAACUCCAUAUCUGGCUUAAAGGAUACUGUCGCAGCGGAGGCAUCCCCUAUGUGGACAACUUCACCACUUUUCUCAAUAGACGGGAUCUUUUCAAGCCAGACCACCUCCACCCAAAUCUCUUUGGAUCUCGGCUUUUAGCCAUGAACAUUGAACUCACUCUGCUCUCCUGCAAUGCGUUCUCCAAAUAACGGUCAUUGAUCACGAGUACUGUUCACCUUCACCUUCAACCAGUCAGAACUUCCAUUGGACCUGCGCACAAUAACAUCCCCAACGCAAGUGAGUGGUGGACCUGCCUCCUGCGAGUUCCCAUCACAUCUGGUUUUGAUGAGUGCACAUUUCGUAGGAACAUGAAUCUGGCAUGCUGAAUGCACGCUUCUCCUGUCAACAUUACGUUCAUUAUAAAUCCCCUGGUUGUUGACGAUAAAAUGGACUUUAUUUUACUCACGGAGGCAAGGCUAGAUUUCCUUUUACUGUUGCAAAUGAUUUGAAUUCGAUUCCUUUGCUUCCUCUGUCAUUCCGCUCUCCCGCACUAUUCAGAACAAGGCAACAUCCCACUUCUGUUAUCAGUGAUUUUUCGGAAUUUCUAUGAGUCAUACACACCACCUACAAUAAGUGGAGAUUUUUAUUUGCAUAGUGAGUAUUUUUGAACCUCCUCAGCUGCUUGGACAUUGAACAGCACGCCACCCAGCCAACUCACAACAGGGUGUGCUCUCAUCCUGGAUCUCCUUAUAAACUGUCAACUCGUGCGCCCUCUUUUGUGAGCUGGCUAUGUCGACCAAAAAGUCGGGAUGUUUUUUUCUUUUUUGUUUUGUUUUAAAUACCAUUAUCAGUUUUACCCCUCAUGACUCCAAGGUAAAGGUGAGGAAAUGCUCUCUGACUUGUGAAGUGGUUGCUAAUUUUAUCGAGAUUUUUACAACACACCUCUGCUGAUAUUUUAUUUGCAGCUUGUGAUUCUAUUUUUUUUUUUUUUACAAUUUUAAAACCAAACUCAAGUUAACACUGGAUUGAGUGGUUCCACUUUUGACAAAAAAA